UGCCUCAACUAUUAUGUGCAGAUGCUGUUGCUAUUAUGGCUAGAUCGCCAGUUGGCCUCAGAAGAGCCUUGAGACGUCUGGCUCUCUAUUGUAGAACUAACCAGCCCUCCAUUAACUACCAGAAGUCGAAGGUUAUGGUAUUUGUGAGAAGACCCAAACUAUUACGAUGGUAGAUAGAUAAUCAUCAGCUUGAGCAGAAUAUAUAGAUCCAUGACCUCUUUUUCGACUCCGGAGGUGACGCUGACAGAUGCUGAAAAAGUGUAUAGGGAAUGCCAGCAGGAGGGACCCAUCUCCUUUGAGGAGUGCAUCCCUCCAGAUAAGAUGCAAAAGUGUGAGAAAGUUGGGGAAGGCGUGUUUGGGGAGGUCUUCAGGUCAGAAGGUGAGAGAGGAGCCGUGGCUUUGAAAAUAAUUCCCAUUGAGGGGAGCGGCCGAGUCAACGGGGAGGCUCAGAAGACCUUCAGUGAGAUCCUACCGGAGAUCAUCAUCUCAAAAGAGCUCAGCCUUUUGGCCGAUGAGGAGGCUAACCAAACUACUGGGUUUAUUAGUCUGUAUUCGGCAUACUGUGUUCAAGGAUCUUACCUUGAGCAUCUCCUGAAAGCCUGGGAUGAAUACCAUAGGCUGAGCGAGUCUGAAAAUGACCGACCAGACUUCUUUCUGGACCAACAGCUCUUCAUGGUCCUGGAGUUUGAGUUUGGUGGUAGCAACCUGGAGAACAUGCGGACCCGGCAGCUGAGCUCCAUGGCUGCGGCUAGGAGUAUCUUGCACCAGCUCACUGCUUCUCUGGCCGUGGCUGAGAAGGCACUCCACUUUGAGCACCGUGACUUGCACUGGGGGAACGUCCUGGUCAAAAAGACCAACCUGAAGGAGUUGAGUUUUACACUGAGUGGGGAAACCCACACCUUUCCCACUCACGGCAUCCUUGUGAACAUCAUAGACUACACCUUCUCCAGGUUGGAGAAAGACGGCCUGACCGUCUUCUGCGACCUCUCCACUGAUGAAGAGGUGUUCCAAGGGAGAGGGGAUUAUCAGUUUGACAUUUACCGCAAGAUGAGAGAGGAGAAUGAGAACAACUGGGCUGACUACUUUCCCCACAGCAAUGUCCUGUGGCUGCACUAUCUCGCAGACAAACUCUUGAAAGAGGUCUCUUAUAAGAACAAGGUUACAACAGCCUCCAUGAGGCAGGUGCAGCAACAACUCCAGCUGUUCUCCAAAGAGGUGUUUGGCUACAGAACUGCCACAGUGGCUGUGGCUAGGAGUAUCUUGCACCAGCUCACUGCUUCUCUGGCCGUGGCUGAGAAGGCACUCCACUUUGAGCACCGUGACCUGCACUGGGGGAACGUCCUGGCUUAG